UCAAUACCAUUCACCAAUAUCUUUAAUUAGCAAAACGAGCAAUGGAAGAUAUGAAAAGAAUGAUGAUUGUUUUCUUGGUGAUGGGGCUUCUGGUUAUGGCUCCCACUACUAAUGCUGAUUUCUUGAGCUGCUUUGGAGGCUGCUUCGCUGUCUGUGUAAUCACACCCGGCAAAGAAGCCGCAUCUUGUGCCUUUAAAUGCUUGAAAGACUGCAUACUUCCUUCUUCUAGUCUUCAACUAUCAAAAUCAAACAGCAAACACUUCUGCAAGCUUGGAUGUGCUUCAACUUUGUGUACCAAGUACAGCACCAAACGGAACCCAAAUUCAAAGAAAGUUGAAGGAUGUGUGAACUCUUGCUCAGCGAUAUGCACCUAGAAUUAAUCACCAUAUUAGAAGAAAUAAAGUUAUGGGAGC